AUGCCAGGACCAUACCCACCCAGAGUGUGGGCAUUGGGCGGCACACCCAACAAGACCGUUGACAUCCCCGUCACGGCUGUCUGUCUUGCACUCUAUGUAUGCGGCGCAGCGACUCACAUGACAAUUUUCCAAUUGAAUAGACGGCGAGGCUACAAGUUUCUGUUUAAUGCUGUUCUAUUCGGUUUCUGCAUGUCGCGCAUCGUAACCUGCAUCCUGCGUCUCGCCUCAAUAACACACCCGCUCAACAUCCGCCUCGCCAUCGCCGCACAGAUCUUCACUGCUGCUGGCGUCCUCUUAGUCUACGUUAUCAACCUCUUCUGGACCCAACGCAUCGUGCGCUCCCUCCACCCCCAUUUCGGCUGGCACCGCGUCCCCUCGACGAUCUUCAAACUGCUCUGGCCUCUCAUCGGUCUCACCCUCGUCAUCGUCAUCGUCUCCGUCGUCCAGUCUCUAUACACCCUGCGCCCGCGCACCCUUACUAUCGACCGCUCGCUACAACUCUACGGCACCACCUUCCUCGCCAUCGUGUCUUUCCUGCCCCUCCCCAUCCUUGCCCUCUGCUUCGCGAUCCCGCGCACAGAGCGCCCCGACACCUUUGGCACCGGCCGCUUGAGAACCAAGGCCGCCGUCCUCGUCACGGGUGCCUCCCUCGUGUGCCUUGGUGCGAGCUACCGCGCCGGCACUAUGUGGCGCACGCCCGUGCCGCGCAGCCAGCCAAUGCCGGAGUACUACCACAAAGCGGCGUUCUACAUGAUCAAUUUCGGCGUCGAGCUUCUGACUGUGGCACUAUACGCAGUUGCGCGUGUGGAUUUGCGGUUCUGGAUCCCAGAUGGUGCGAGUGGGCCUGGGAGCUACGAGAAGGUGGAGUCGGUUGAGCUUCCCGAUCCUGAGAAGGCAGGGGAUGCGUGA